AUGGAAUCUCUCUUGUGUCGAAGAAAGAUGACCCGAGCCAUGGUGCUAGUAAUAGUAACGUUGUCAUGGCUCGGUGGGACGUACGGGGAGAUCGAGGAGCAACUAUUCGAAGUGAGGAAGCUUGAGAUGUUCGUUGAUGAGCUCCCAGAUAUGCCUAGGCUCAAUGGCUUCAACUCUGUUCAUGGCGUCCUCAAACCAACUUCUCUUCAAAUCGGCAUGUUCUUCACCAAAUGGAAAUUCCACAGAGAUUUGCCUCCAACGCCUGUGUUUGCAUACGGUACAUCGCGGGGCAAGGCAACAGUUCCUGGUCCAACGAUCGAAGCCGUCUAUGGAGUUGAAACUUACGUGACGUGGCGAAAUCACCUCCCUUCAUCUCACAUCCUCCCUUGGGACCCCACAAUCUCCCCGGCCACCCCAAAACACGGCGGAAUUCCCACGGUGGUUCACUUACACGGCGGAAUCCACGAACCGGCAAGCGACGGAAACGCCGACGCGUGGUUCACCAACGGUUUCAAAGAGACCGGACCGAAAUGGACCACAACGACGUCGCAUUACGCGAACAAGCAACAACCUGGUAACAUGUGGUACCACGACCACGCAAUGGGUUUGACCAGAGUCAACCUCCUCGCCGGUUUGUUAGGCGGUUACGUUCUUCGCCACCACGAAGUCGAAUCUCCUCUCCGGUUACCCACCGGUUACGAAUUCGACCGGCCGUUGAUCGUUUUCGAUCGGAGCUUCGGUAAAGACGGUUCGAUUUACAUGAAUGCAACCGGGAACAACCCGUCGCUUCACCCGCAAUGGCAACCGGAGUAUUUCGGCGAUGCGAUCAUCGUCAACGGAAAAGUGUGGCCGCGAUUAACCGUCAAACGCCGGAUUUACAGAUUCCGCAUCAUAAACGCAAGCAACGCCAGAUUCUUCAAAUUCUUCUUCUCCAACGGUCUCGAUUUCAUCGUCGUGGGUUCUGAUUCGGCGUAUCUGUCGAAACCCGUGGCGACCAAAUCGAUUCUCUUAUCUCCGUCGGAAAUCGCAGACGUCGUCGUUGAUUUCUCGAAAUCUCCGUCGCGUACGGUGGUGCUCGCCAACGAUGCGCCGUAUCCUUACCCUAACGGUGACCCCGUCAACGAAGAAAACGGCAAGGUCAUGAAAUUCAUCGUGAAAGACCAACCUGAGACUGACACGUGUACAGUUCCGAAGAAGCUCAUUGAUUAUCCGUCUGCUGACGUGUCAAACGCCGUUCGCACGCGUUACAUCUCUAUGUACGAGUACGUAAGCAAGUCGGACGAGCCGACUCAUUUGUACGUGAACGGCUUGCCUUACGACGCGCCGGUGACGGAGACUCCAAAAUCAGGGACCAGCGAGGUUUGGGAAGUGAUUAAUUUGACGGAGGAUAACCAUCCGUUACACAUUCAUUUGGGGCUGUUUAAAGUGGUGGAACAAACGGCGUUACUAACGGCGGGGUUGGAUGAGUUCAAGAUGUGCAUGACGGAACAUAACGACGCCGUUAAGUGUCAGAUCGGAAAAUACGCACGUGGGAAAAAGACGGCGGUGACGGCGCACGAGAGGGGUUGGAAGAAUGUGUUCAAGAUGAUGCCUGGAUAUGUGACGAGGAUAUUGGUUCGGUUUUCUUUUAUUCACACUAACGGAUCUUACCCGUUUGACCCGACCCAAGAACCCGGCUAUGUCUACCAUUGUCACAUAUUGGAUCAUGAAGACAAUAUUAUGAUGAGGCCGCUUAAGAUCAUCAAGUGA